UACAAAAGUGAUUUUUUAGACAAAAACAUGUCAGAAAACAAACUUCCUUUUCGAAUCUGAGGAUUUAUCAUUCUCGUUUUCUCUCUAUGGUUAUAGUGUGAUUUCCAUAAGCCAUAUAUGUUGUCAUGAAUACCUCUGAAUCAGACAACCAACAUGUUCUUCCCAAUCCAGAAUCACAUUCACACACAUCAAAAUGCAGAAAAUUUACAUUUCACUCACUCUCUCUGUUGGUUCUCCUUACGUCAAUCUAUUGGGGAUUCACAAGAACAAACUAUUACACAGUUCACCACUUGAAAUACUCCCUCACAUCACCAUCAAUUAUACAUGCAAUUGAGUCUUUCUUUUUACCCUCAAAACCAGUUUCUGUGCCCUCCAAUCAUUGUGUUCUAUGGAUGGCCCCCUUUCUUUCAGGUGGUGGGUAUAGCUCGGAAGGUUGGUCCUAUAUUUUGGCCCUUCAUGGGCACAGAAAAAUGCAAUCUUUAAGGUUGGCGAUUGACCACCAUGGUGAUCUAGAAUCUCUGGCGUUUUGGGAGGGUUUGCCAGUUCAUAUGAAGAACUUGGCUCGUGAGUUGUACCAAGCUCGGUGUAGAAUGAACGAGACAGUUGUUAUUUGCCAUAGUGAACCUGGUGCCUGGUUCCCUCCACUGUUUGAAACCACCCCAUGCCCACCAUCUUUUUACCAUAAUUUCAAGUCUGUCGUUGGCAGGACCAUGUUUGAGACUGAUAGAGUGAAUGAUCAACAUGUGCAGCGCUGUAAUACAAUGAACUAUGUCUGGGUUCCUACAGAGUUCCAUAUGUCUACAUUUGUGCAAAGUGGGGUUGAUCCUUCCAAGGUGGUGAAGAUUGUUCAACCUGUUGAUGUGAAGUUCUUUGAUCCGGUAAGGUACAAGCCAUUUCGUCUUGCUUCUAGUUCUAGAGCAAAACUUGUCUUAGGUUCCCGUGUGAAGAAGAGCUUUGUGUUUUUAAGUAUCUUCAAAUGGGAGUAUAGGAAAGGGUGGGAUGUGUUGUUAAAAUCAUACUUGAAGGAAUUCUCAAAGGAUGAUGGGGUUGCUUUGUACUUGUUAACAAAUCCUUAUCAUACUGACCACAAUUUUGGUAACAAGAUAUUGGAUUUUGUGGACAGUUCGGGUAUGGUAAAACCAGUUAGUGGUUGGGCUCCAGUCUAUGUUAUUGAUUCUCACAUACCAUUGAGUGAUUUGCCUAGAGUUUACAAGGCAGCUGAUGCUUUUGUUCUUCCUUCCCGAGGGGAAGGAUGGGGAAGACCAAUGGUGGAAGCCAUGUCAAUGGCAUUGCCUGUGAUUGCGACAAAUUGGUCUGGACCAACUGAGUAUUUAACAGACGAUAAUAGCUAUCCACUGCCUGUGGAUAGAUUGAGUGAAGUAACAGAAGGUCCAUUCAAGGGACACCUUUGGGCUGAACCUUCUGAGAAUAAACUUCAGGUUCUUAUGAGGCAGGUGAUGAAUAAUCUCACUGAGGCUACAGCCAUAGGCAGGAAGGCCAGGGAGGACAUGAUAGCACGGUUCUCGCCUGAGAUUGUGGCCGACAUCGUUGCAGAUAACAUACUAAACAUUCUACGGCAAUAAGGACUAUGAAGCUUCUGGUUCUGUUUCUCCACAGCUGCUAUGCUUCAAAUCUGGCUUGUGUUAUGAUUCAUUCUAAAGGAGACUGAGAUUGUUAGCGCACAUAAUGUUGACUUGUAGGGAAUUGAUUAAGGCUCAGCAAACUAAUCAGUGUAAGUGACUAAGAUUAUUGUAUCCAACCGGCUGAUUGUCUGGUACUGGAGGACAUUAAGGAGCAUUAUUGAGCUGUGGUUUCUAGUUAAGAUUGAAGCUCUGAAUAUCUUGUAUGCUCUUAUUGUGCUUGUUUAAACUUCCAAAGUUUUGAUUGAACCAUUAUGUCUGGUGCCAGUAUAUAUGGAAAGGUGUACCAAAACACCUAGAAUUCUCACUUCUCCCAAACAAUUGUGUUCUAGUACUUUUUUAUUCUGUCAGCCGAUUUCCUCGUAAUUCACUCUCAAAGAACGCCUGCGACAUCAUAAGUCAAUAUGUGCCUGUAAAGUUUGAAAUGUUUUUAGCCAAGAAAGAAUGAAGUUAUCUUAUGAAAAUUUUCAUCCGGGACUAGAUUACAUAGGUUCAAUCUUAUCUAUACCAGGAGUGUUAAUUGCAGGAGCAAAUCAAGGACUGAAUUAA